AUGGAUCUCAAAAUAUCCUCUUUCUCAUUCCUUUUCAGCAUCUUCUUAUUUGUGUUUAUGGGGCUAAAAAUACUCAUCCAAAGAGCUAAAUCCACCAGCUCAGCUUCAAAACUACCCCCAGGACCAUGGAAACUACCCUUACUAGGAAAUCUACACCAGAUUUUUGGUUCUUUACCGCACCGUGGACUAAGAGACUUGGCCAAGAAACGUGGACCAUUCAUGUACCUACGAAUUGGACAGAUUCCAACCAUAGUAGUUUCCUCAGCGGAGUUUGCCAAGGAAGUGAUGAGUACCCAUGAUGUCAUCUUUGCAUCGAGGCCUCAGGCGCUUUCUUCGCAGAUCUUGUUGUAUGAUUGUACAGACGUUGCCUUUGCUCCAUAUGGUGAGUAUUGGAGACAGCUGCGGAAAAUUUGUAUGCAGGAGCUCUUGAGCGCAAAAAGAGUUGAAUCUUUCCGACCCGUUAGAGAAGAAGAGAUGUUUAAUCUCAUGGAAUGGAUUGCUUCAAAUGUCGGCUCAGCUAUAAAUCUCACUGAGAGGAUCAAAUACUCGACAUAUGAUAUAACAUGGCGGGCUGCCUUUGGUAAGAAAAUCGAAGACCAUGAUGAGUUCAUAUCGAUAAUUGAGGAAUCAUUGGAGUCAUCAGGAGGGUUUGAUUUUGUAGAUUUGUUUCCUUCUUUUAGUUUUCUUGCCUGGAUCACUCCUUCAAGGCCUAAAUGCGAGUCGAUUAAACGAAGGGCUGGGAGGAUAAUGGAAAACAUAAUCAAGGAACACAAAGACAAGAAGUCAACGGCAAAAAAUAAUGAAAGUCAAACAGAUCAAGAAGAUCUGGUUGAUGUUCUUCUGAAAUUCCAUAAUAAUGCUGAAACCGGGUUCUCCCUAACAACAGAAAAUAUCAAAGCGUUUUUCCAGGACAUCUUUUUCGCCGGGAGUGAGACAUCUGCUACCGCUGUGGAUUGGGCAAUGGUAGAAAUGAUGAAGAAUCCAAGAGUGAUGAAAAAAGCUCAAGAUGAGGUGAGACAAGUCUUUAACGAAAAAGGGUCAGUUGACGAAACCGUGCUUAGUAAGAUGAAAUAUUUGAAAUGUAUUGUCAAAGAGACAUUGAGGCUACACCCUUCUGCUCCUUUAUUACUUCCAAGAGAAAGUGGAGAGAACUGUGUGAUUAAUGGUUACGUGAUACCGGUGAAAACCAGGGUCAUAGUUAAUGCAUGGGCAAUAGAAAGAGAUCCUAAGUAUUGGACUGAAGCCGAGAGCUUUAUACCAGAGAGGUUUCUUGAUAGCCUUAUUGACUUCAAUGGAAGAAAUUUUGAGUAUAUCCCAUUCGGUGCUGGAAGGAGAAUAUGCCCCGGUAUGUCGUUCGGUCUAAUUAAUGUUGAACUUCCUCUUGCAAUGUUGCUUUAUUAUUUUGAUUGGGAGCUCGCUAAUGGAGUGAAACAUGAAGACUUGGACAUGACUGAGUUAUUUGGUGCAACAGUUCGAAGAAAAGAUAAUUUGUACUUGAUUCCCAUUGCUUAUGAUAUGUCACUUAUUGGAAAAAUCUCUAAGAACACCAAGGAACAGUUUGUUUUGUAUCAUAAAUAA